UCGGAAACCGUUCGUUCAGGAACUGAUCAAUAAGGCCCCGCGGUUCGUGAAUGAUGAUGUGUUGACGUUCAAUACCCAGACGAGUACCCAGUGGGAUGGGUUUCGACAUUAUGGUACCCUUUCCCCUACUGCGUGACUACUUAAAAUUACUAAAUCGUGAGUAUGAAUGUGUAGGAAACCAAACGCACGGAUGCUACUUCAACGGCCAUUGUUUGGAGGAGUUGAAGUCGUCGGGUGUAUUAGGAAUUGAUGCAUGGGCCAAAAAAGGCGGCAUAACCGGCCGAGGCAUCCUCCUCGACUACGCGCACUGGGUCAGCACGCACUCCAUCCCCCUAACGCCCUUCACAACCAGCAGCAUCCCCCUCUCGCAUCUCCAAUCGCUCAUGACCGAAUACAACAUCCAGCCUCGUCCGGGGGACAUCCUCUUCAUCCGCACAGGCUUCACAGCCGCUUUCAACGCCCUCACCCCGGCCCAGGAAGAAGAGCUCGGCAACCGCCCCUCGCCUAGCUUCGCGGGCAUCGAGAACGGAGAGGCCAUGUUGCGCUGGCUAUGGGAGAAUCAGUUUGCGGCUGUGGCGUCGGAUACGCCGAGUUUGGAGCCUGCGCCGAUUAAGCAUGAGCGCGGGAUGACCCUGCAUGAGUGGUGUUUGGCUGGGUGGGGGAUGCCCAUUGGAGAGUAUUUUGAUUUGGAGGAGUUGGCGACGUAUUGUAGGGAGAAGGGGAGGUGGGGGUUCUUUUUGUGUAGUGUGCCGUUGAAGGUUCCUGGGGGUGUGGCUAGUCCGCCUAAUGCGGUGGCUAUUUUGUGAUCCAUGUACCUAUGAGUGUGGGGAAUGGGUUGCUUGAGGUAGAAAUGGAAUGUUUGGUGUCUGGGAUAUGAGGAGAACUGCUUGUAGAAGAUGGUAUAUAAGUUCAUGUUGUUUGUGACAUUUCCUGUUAUGUACAUGUAUGUCCAUGGGAGACUCUGCAGCGGUGUAGAGCUGUGAUAUUGACUUGAUAUGCGGG